AUGAAGCAUUUUGAAGAAGGUGCACAGUCAAUGUAUGCUAUGUUUUUAAAUAACAAGGGCAGAAUUUUAUAUGAUACCUUAUUACAUAAAUGGGGAGGCGACAACACAUUCUUGAUAGAAUGUGACAAAAAUGUUAAUCGAUUGUUACAAAGGCAUCUAAAUAUUUACAAACUAAAGAAAGAUAUCAAAAUAUCAGAUGCAAGUCAACUAUUGACCUUAUGGGCAUUGAUAACACCAUUAGAUAUUGAAGAAAUAUGUAAAACUGAUAUUCUAAACAGUAUUAGUGUAUACAGAGAUCCACGUCUUGCUGACCUUGGAUUUAGAGUGAUAACUACUUCAGAUAUUGGUAAUUUAGAUUUGCACUCUGCUAUUGGUAAAGACACAGUAAUUAAACACACUGAUGAAGACUAUCAUAAUUUGAGGUAUAAACUUGGUGUAAGCGAGGGGGCAGAUGAUCUGUUCCCCGGAACUGCUUUUCCUCUUGAAUCUAACUGUGACUACCUCCACGGAAUAAGUUUUCAUAAAGGCUGUUACAUUGGUCAAGAAUUAACAGCUCGCAUUCACCACACAGGUGUUGUCAGGAAAAGACUAAUGCCUUUACAAUUCUUGGACUGCACAGAUUGUCAAUCAGUUGAAAGAGAUGCUCCAAUCUAUGCCAGUGUCGAUCCUGGAAGAAUUCAAAUAGGAAAGUUAAAAAAUAAAUCAUGUGAUUAUGGAAUAGGAUUAGUUAAAAUAAAGGAAGCGCUUGAAUCUAAGGACUUGUUUGUUGGGAUGACACCUGUUGACAUUGUGCGGCCACAUUGGUGGCCAAUAGAGGCUCCUAAAGAAAAGCAUAGUAUGUUUAAAUCUGAAUAUGAGGCAGAAGAUUCAAAUUAA